AUGCCCGCAGAGAACGGCGGGGAAGGAGUCAGGGAUGCCCUCAACGAAGAUGGCGCUCGCCUCUUUGGCGCGCUGGAAGCCGAAGAAAACGGCCGCUCAGGAGGUGUUUCAAUUUUGCGUUCCGGAGUAGCGUUUUGCUCUUCUUUUGCCGCAGAGCACGCGCGAAGGCUCUAUCGGGAGUAAUUGCGGAGGAAAGGAAAGAAGCAAGGCGGGAGUUCAGGUGCUGAUUGCUCUUCUUCCACCAUUAGCCUCAUAAGAAGUCUGUGAGAAAUGGUCAGUAUGGUUGAAGAACUGGGAAGGAAAAGAGAGCAGUUGCUUGCAGAAGGAGAGUCAGAGGAUGGAUCUGCAACGACUGCUUCACUCCCAGGGAUCUAUUUACCUUUGCUCCCGAGAUACUUUCAUCACCCAACAACCGGAGGCAUAAAGCCCUCAGAAUUUCAGAAGGAUAAAGAAGAUUGUUUAAACUGCAUACAAGAUGCCCUUUUGUGUGGUCAGUGGCAAAGGGGUGCAGAAUUAAUGAUAAGCUAUCUAGAGGCACUGGAAAAUCCCAGAAAAGAAAAACAGCAGGUAGCCCCUGAGGAGAUCUGGAGAAUAGGAACUGAAAUCUUGCACCAUCAUCCAAGGAGCAAUAUUGAUGAGAUCAACCACUUUGCGGAUCGGAUGAAAAAUUUAGGAGUUACCAGAUAUUUAAAGGUCUCUUUGGAGCACGUCUUCCACCUCUUGUGCAAUGGGUUUCUGGAUGAGGCCUAUCAGAACCUGGUCCUGGCAGAAAGCUGGCGGUAUGGAGAGCUCACGGUUGCUCAGGAUAAAGAGCUGAAACUCAUUCAAGGCUACAGGGGGCUGCUGGACUACCUGAAGUGGUUAAAAAAGAAAGCCGACUUACUGGAGCUCAAUGAGGAUAGCUAUGCAGAGUCUUCUCUUCAGCAGGAAAUGCACAGCUUCUACCGGCAAGCUACAGUCAACCUCAAAGAGAUCAUAAAAACUCCUGGAGUGUGGGAUCCCUUUGUGAUGGCUUACGUGGAUCUGCUAGAAUACUAUGAAGAGUAUGAAGAAGCCAGAGAAGUGUUAAAUGAGUAUGCGUAUAAUCCAAAAUUUCCUCCCAAUCCUAAUGCUCAUGUCUUCUUCUAUCAGUUUCUAAAGAGGAGAGGUGAAUCAAGGAAAGUGCAGAUCGCUGCCCUCCAGAUCUUGCAUCAACUCGUUCCUUCUCAUGAACUGAUGUUGGAAUUUUACACCUUGCUUAAGAAGUCAAGAAAAAGAAAAAACCACCGAUUGCGGCUGGAAGUUAUUUUUGAAAUGUUGGAUUUUGCUGGGUGGAAGGAAAAUGUGAAUGCGUGGAGCUAUUUGGCAAAACAGAUUGUAGAAAUCCUGCAAAAUUCUGGCAAGCAGCUUGACUGGCUCAAAAAGCAAUGGAGUGCCCGAAAGGACUGGUGGCCAGCUUUCCAUUUCAGCCGUUAUUUAGCUAAAAGAAACUGGCAUGAAAAUGAAAGUCUUGCUUGUGAAAAAAUACUAGUGGCUGGAAUACUGCUGGGAAAAGAUUGCAAAUAUUUUAAAUACGUCACUCGACAAGGUUGCAGAGCAAAAAAGAAAAAGUUCAAAAUGCUGAAGAAAUUUGUGAAAGAACACAGCUGGGUCAACUUGAGACUGAAGUAAUCAAGUGUCAGACAGACAGGGGUCAAAAGUGCCUUUUUCAAUAUAGGCUAGAUUUAUUUGUCUAGAUUGUAUGAUUAUCUCUCUUUCUCCCCUCCCCACCUCCCCUCUGCCCCAUUCAUGUAUAGAUUCCUGCUGCAAAGAGUUACUGCAGAGCAAAAACCUUGUACAUAAAUCUCAACCAUUUUUGUAUUGAAUUCCUAUUUUGUAAUAAAUCAGUGGGAAGGAGGUGUUGCCCCAUUUUGAGUUAUUGCUAAAAUAAAAGUUCAGGAAUGAAGCUUUAACAGGAAA